UGAAUAAUUGAGCCCAAAUCAGUUUAGUCACCCUGCGUCCCUUCCUACUCUCAGUCCAGUGAAGUCCGUGCAUGCAACUGGACUCUCCAAGAAACUUCUGGAGCGGAGAGAGGGACGUACGUGACCUCCGGCAUCUGAAGGAAACAAGCUUUUUAUGGUGAAAACGGUUAAACUUUUGAUGAUCUCCACUACAUUUUUUUUGGCAGUAAAGAGGUUGCUAGACACAGGAUCAUCAUGAUACCAUGGUGGCCCAACUGCUAGGGCUGGCCUUUCUAUUUCUACCCAGCAGCCUGCUCCCCUUUACGACGUAUGCGUUGCAGAUCAAUCACAACGGGGAGGUGGUGUAUCAGGACACCAAUGUGUACGGGGUGGUGGGCAAGGCGGUGAUCCUUGAGUGCGGCACCACCUUACCCGACAUGUACAUAUGGAGCUUCACCAAGCCCGGCACAGAAGCUAUAAAGGCUGUGGUUUACAAUUUGGGGAAAGGACCAAGGAUCCAGAACUUGGCCCCGACACUCGGGCAACUGACGAUCAUCUCAGACAGUGCAGCAGUGAGCAUCGAGAAACUGCCCCUGGCUGCACAUGGCCUGUUCACCUGCCAGGCCUUCUAUGACAUAGAACAGGAGCCCAUAGUCUACUACUACUACGUGCACCUCACUGUCCGAGUACCCGUCAGUAAGCCUUACCUCCUGAUGAGUGAUGUGUCUCCAGUGGAAGGAUCCAUAAUGUGGAUGCGCUGCAAUCUGGAAAACGGGACUGGCCCCAUCCAAUAUGUCUGGCAACAUGAGACCCGCAGCGGUAACAUUUCCACCUUUGCACAGGGAAACACCAGCGUCAUCAACGUGACCGACAUCAACCGCAACCACACCGGAUGGUACCGUUGUGUGGCCAGCAAUGCCGUCAACAGCGAGAACUCUAACAGGCUUUGGCUGGACACCAUCUUUGGCCCAGACCUUCCACAGAUAGACGUGACUCCGUACAGUAGGACAGAGCGGGGAUACUCAGCCCUGGAGAGAGAGACUGUUUCUUUACUCUGUCAAGCCCAGUCCAACCCGGCCAGUCAGUAUGUCUGGUUCUACAACAACUCCCAGGUCUACUCCGGGCCACAGUUCACCAUCACCAAGAUCCUCCGCAUGCACACCGGUGACUACGCCUGCUUGGCACAGAACACGUACCUCAACACGCGGUCCAAAAAGACCAUCAGCCUGACUGUCUACUACCCGCCCGAUGGCUCCCCCUCCUGUUCUGUGCAGCCGGCUCUGAAUCACACCUCCCUGAGGCUGCUCUGCUCCUGGCCUGGUGGUUUCCCCUCCGCCUCCCUCCACUGGAGCGGAGACCUGAAACGACUGGGACGAGAUGAGGCCGACACGGGGCAGCAAACAGAUCCACUGACCAACACUGCUGUCUUGCUGCCACCUGAAGGCCCGACUUCCAACAACAGCUCUUUUACAUGCAAGGGCUCACACCCGGCUCUCAAACAGUUGACAGAGUGCAGCACACGCACAUACGUUCCCCCUGCAGAGCCAGUGUGUUUUGCCUAUGUGACGAACAACCAGCAGUAUCUGAUGCUGUCCUGCUCCUGGGACGGAGGGGCCCCAAAAGCCCUGGUGUGGUGGGAGGGCCCAGGUGGCCAGGUCAAAGGUGGGGAAGAAAACUCCAACAUCCUGAUCCUUCGCUAUGGCACCGCUCGCAGCGGGAAGCCGUACACCUGCCAUGCUCAGCAUCCGCUCCUGGUCCAAACCAAGACCUGCAGGCUCACACUGGAAGCCCCCGUGCUGCUGACGCAGCGCAGAGUAGUGUCUGUGUAUGAGGGGAGUGACGUCCAGCUCACCUGCAACCUGAGAGCCAACUAUCUUCCGGUCAGUGAAAUCACCUGGUUUAACAACCAGGGUGUGGACGUCCGAGAAACCACGAAGUACAACCUCCUGCAAACAUCUGCGUGGGCCAACCUGACUGUGAGAGACACGGAUGAGAUUCAAGACAGUGGCGAGUACAGAUGCACCACUUCCAAUGCAGUUGGAGGAACUGAAAUCAAUGUCACUUUAGUGAUCAAGAGGCACCCCAUGCCACCCAACGCGACCCUCGUCAAAGUGCUGUACAACAGCCGACAGCGUAACGAGGUGGAGCUGGAGUGGCAGGUACAGAACGAGGAGCAGGGAGGUUGGACGGGUUUCAUCCUGGAGCACAGAUGGGUGUCGGAGAAACAGGGAAGGAGAGGCAGCAGCAAUGAUUCAAAAGCGGAAACGGAGGAGAGGAUUGGUGCACCAGUCUGGCAGCGUAACAUCAUCCAAGACCCGGACGUCAGAAGUCAUACAGUAGUGAGACUAACACCGACCAUUACCUACCAGUUCCGCGUCACACCGGUCAACCACCGCACCAAUGGACACCCCUCUGCAGCAAAGACUCCAGCGGAGCCGAGCUACAACAUGUAUCCUGCUGUGAUUGGCGCAGCUAUCGGCGGAAUGCUCUUCGCAGCCCUCCUCACGGCUCUGCUGCUCAUGUACAUAAUCCGCAACCGCAACAACAGUCCUCGACUACAUGACAUGUUGUUCGGCUCGCAGCACAGCCAGUCAAGGGAAAACAUCAACUUCCCAGAGGAUGAAGUGGUCGGCGGCUCAGAAGGAGGAAUAGAGGAGAUUGUUGGAACAUCCAGCCCAGGUCCGACCUUGUCUUUACCCCGGGCAGCUUCACCACUCACCACCUCCACCCAGAGUUCCGCCCCCACCGCCUGCCAAGCUCCUCACCCUGGAGACGACAACGAGCCCGUCAGCGUCACCAUCACCGUCAAGGCCACGGGCUCAUAGUCAUUUAACACAGACACCUUCAGUUGUAAUUUAACCAGGAUUUUUCUUUUUUUGUAGACAGGUAGUUUGCGCAAUCAAGCCUGUCACUUUAAUCUGAUCUCAACUACAAUAACAGAAAUGUCCUCAUGAAUCUUUGGCUAUAAAAUUUGGUCAAACCCUUAUUUAAAGCCUGGACAUAGGCACUAUAAUUUCUACAUUAAAUAAUAUCCAGCCGUGAA